GUCUACCGCCAAGCACAAGCAGCCAAAAGACUCGUGUCAGUGCUUGAACAAGGCCGAGGCCGGCAAGAGGCUGGCACAAAGCCGGUGACACCUUCAUAUUUGCAACGCCACCGGGAUGGUGCUCGCAAAUUUCGUUCAGAGACCUCAGCAUCUCAGAGACCAAAGUUUGGCCGAAGUGCACCGUCGACGACGCCAAGGUUCGAGCGAUUCCGCAGGGAGUUGGUAAUCAGCCAGCUAUGCUCCGAUUCAGACUGCUCCGCAGAUUUCACUGUCCCAUUAUCUCCAACUUCGACCAGUUCAGAUGCGACGUGGGUUGGUUGUCGAGAAUGGGACGUGGAGGUGUUGAAGCACCAGAUGGACACCCUGUACUUGAGCUGCCCUGCAACCCACAGCGUGGCAACUGGCCAAGUUGAAGAAGCAGCGCUUGCACAAGUUCAACACAGCAGCUUGAGUUUGCAGAGCGCAACCUCAGACAGUGUCGAUGAGCUCUGCAGGGCUAUUCCAGACAUGCCCCUCGAGUCGGUUACAAGUUGGACAGAAGUAUGCCCUGAAGAAACCUCGCACAUCGACGCCGGUUGCUCGCUUCUUGAAGCUCGGGCUUUUUGUCACAUGUGCCUCGUUCAGGCCGACCGAGCCAGAGCGCAGCUUGCAGAGCUGACGGACCAAAUAGCUGAAGAGGAAGCAGAAGCGCCGGCCGAUUUGGUGGCCCGCAUUUCUUCCUCCGAGGAGGCGCGGUCCUUCGCUUUGAUGUGCCUUCAGGCCAUUGAGGAGUAUGAGUUGCAGAUUGAGGCGAUCCGACAGUCAAGAACACAAUCACUGUCGUCGUGCCAGCCAGUGCCGGAAAAUGCGGCAAGUGCUGGAUAA